GCUCCCUCGAUCUAUAUACGUGGCGAUCCGCGGCUGCCAAGGAAGCGGACGGAUGUCUCACAGUCGAGGAUCAGACUUCGUUCAGCUCAGCCGAUUCGAGCUGAUCCAGGGAGCUUCGGGAAAAUGGCGCUCUCAACCAGCCUGUUCCUGCUGUCAGGCAUUCUAUUCGGAUUAUUCAUCGGCCGCAUCGAGGCCGCGCCGGCCAGCUACGACCAGCGGCAAACGGGCGAGCUGAACGUGGACGCGAAGCUGGAUAACUUCUUGAUCGUCGUCGCGAACACGUUCAAUGAAGGUUUGCUGGAGAAAUUAGCAAGUCAGGCCGCGCUCCAGCUGAGCUUGUUGACUGCCAGGCGGAGCAACGCGGCGAAGCAGGGACCGGGGAAGCCGCUGGAAGCAACAGUAUAUGAGACAGAGGACAAGGAAGAGGGUAGGGAGCCUUACCACGUGGAGAUAGUCCAUAUAGAAAAGGAUGGAGACGACACGAGAAGGAAAUACCCUCCUCCAGUAUUAGCAGUGGACUAUUUCGAGGAUGGCCAGGGCAAGGUCAACGAGAAGGCAGGGCAGAAGACUUCAACCGACGAGCCAGAUCCGCAGGUAUCCAUCAACGAUAAAAAUGUAGAGAAAAGGUCGAGGAGCGUUUGGGGAAACCAGAAAAAUCGUAGGCUGAUCGGCGAGAGGAGUAAAGGUGUGCUGCACGUGGACUCAUCCGAGGAGAAUCUUGCCCAGGCUGAUGAUCUCGUAGCGAGGGAGGUGUCCAAGGCUGCCAGACCAGGGAUAUCGUUGAAGAAGCAGUUGUCUAAAAAGGAGGAAGAGCUGUCAUUGGUGUCGGAAGAACGAAACGAGCUGAGCAACAAAUCCGAUGAACUGGUACUCUUGGGCGGUGGUGUGGAGAACUGUGGGCCGGGCAGAUACAGAGAC